AUGGCUUCAAUAGCGAAGGAAUCUGUGCUAGCAGCUCUGAGGAAGUUCACAACCUGCGAUAUUGGAGACGCUCUUUUUAGGCUCAAAGUUCCCCACGGAGGUUACUUGUCAGGUCUCCGCAUGUUCUCCGCGCCUAAUCGCUCAAGGACUUCCAAAAUUCUUGGUCCCGCAUACAUGGUCAAAAUGGUUCUUGCUUCCGACACAACCUCACCUACACCGAAUCAGCACUUUGCAGACACCAUUCCAGCUGGCAGCGUCGUCUUCGUUUCUCAACCUUCCGGCCUAAUCAGUGCCUGCUGGGGAGGUUUAAUGAGCACUCGUGCCACAGCACGAGGAGCUGAAGGCGUAGUGAUCGAUGGUCGUUUCAGAGAUAUCCAUGAGCACCAGGCUCUAGGGAUUGGCCUGUUUGCUCGGGAUGGCAGCAUUCUUGGAUCCAACACCUUUACACGAGCAUCAGAGCUGAAUGUUCCUUUGUCAUAUAAAAUCAAAGAGCUUCCGAAUGAAGAGAUUGGAAUACGCCCAAACGAUCUAAUUAUGGGCGAUGCCGACGGCGUGGUUGUGAUUCCUUCGGAAUUUGCAGAGAAAUGUGUUGAGCUCUGUCAGUUAAGGUGGGAGAUCGACGAAAAAACCAGGGAAUGUCUGAAUAAUGGUGAUGAUAUGGGUGCGACAAUCAAAAGGUUGCGGAAGUAG